AUGGCCGUGAGCGAUAUGCAUUUCGAGCGGCGCGGCGGGGUCGUGCAGCUGCGCAUUCGCGAGGCCCCCCCCGAAGCGUGGGGGACGGUGCGCCCCAACGCUGUCUUUCAAAAGGGAGCCACAUAUCGAGCUAUUUCAAAACGGCGCUCCGGGAUUGCUGUAAAGGAGAAAAUGGUUCCGGUUUUAGCGAAAAAGCUGUCCACUGUGGCAGAAGAGGGAGAAGCGCCGGAACAUACUGUCGAAGAAGACGGUUUGGUCGACGAAGCAGUUCGUCAACUGGCCGACGCUUUGACAUGA